AUGACCAUGUUUCAGGCGGUUGUCAAGGUGUUCUUGUUCUGGUCGAUUUUGUUUGGUCGAUUCCGCGCAUACGACAUACCCAAAUGGAGCGAGCUGGAGUAUAAAGAUUACUACAACACCAGCCACCUAGCCGACACGGCCUGCCAGACGGACUAUCCGGACAAAACGUGCGUGCCCAUCAGCGUGGACGCCUUCGAACAAUACUUUAUGGACAUUGCUUACGUUACGGGUAGAAAUACGUUUGGCUAUAUGCAGGGAAUGAGUAAGUCGUACCAUGUUUAUAUGUUGUACUCAAACCCACCCUGCCCAACUUUCAGUUCAAUGUUUCUAUUUAACAGGAAAAGUACCACAACAUACAUGUAUAACUAUUUUCAGACAAGAACCUCAGCUCAAAAGAACUGGUUCUCAGCUUAUAUGGCCACUGUAAGUUUUUGGCUUAGUUGAAGUACAGUACACUCUAUGUAAGCAACCCGAAAAGACCCACAUUUUGGGUUUACUAUAAGAGGUGUUGUCCUUAUAUAGUGAUUUUUUAUUGCAACUGGACUUGGCGGGGCCAAAUUUCUUGUUUACUAUGAGGAGAGUUGCUUAUACAGAUGGCUUUUUAGAUGAAAUACGAAAUAGUCCACUAGGCCAUUAUAAAGAACAGUUUUGGUAUCCGCUGACUUCGGAGGAGACGCCGACGGCCUUAAACAUUGGCGGUGGAUAUAUGAAACUCGUGAAGGCGUCGGGUAAUGAUCCAAAAAAGGGUAAAUUUGUAAGUACUUAGACAAUUUGAUCGUAUAACAUAUCCCCCCCCAGCUUGCAUGCAUAGGUGAAGAGGUAAGGGUAGAAAUAGGAGUACAGGUAGAGGUAAGGGGUAGGCUUAGGGGUAAAGGUAGGCAGAGGGGUAGGGAUAGAGGUAGGGGUAGAAGUAGGGGUAGGGGUCGAAAUAGAGGUAGGAGUGGGGGUAGGGGUAGGGUUAGAAGUAGGGGUAGGAGUGUGAGUAGACAUGAAGAACGGACCGGGACUAACUCAAAUUUAGGUUAGGUCGGGCCUGAAAAAGUAGACACGGCCCAACCCAUCUGUAAUAGGUAUAGGUAAGCAGAGGGGUAAGGGUGGGAAGAGAAGUAGGCAUAGGGUAAAGAUAGAGAUAAGCAGAGGGUUAAGGGUUAAAAUAGAGGUAAAAGCAGGGGUAGGACAUCGUCCGGAGCAGUUACUAAAACCUUAGUCUUUUUCAUAAAAAGUUUUUAGCAAAUGGACAGUCCUGGCUUUGGUUCGUUGGUCUACAAGAAUUAUUUGUUUGGGAGCAAUGACAGCACAAUCUAUGACUUGAGAGACUUCAUUAAUGGAAAAGGCGAUCCGUAA